GUCAAGAUGGAGUAUCGUUUCUCUUCUUUGUUGAUAAUUGUAUUAAUUGCAGCUACACUUUCAAAUUGUGCGGAAGUUUGCUUUAAUACAACUAUACCUCUGAAACGAAGCUACAAUAAUCUGACAACAGUGUUUCCUGGUGAUUGUGUAAUCUUACAUUGCACACUAAAUGAUACAGUACAGUGGGAACUGAAUGGAACUGAUAUUAGUAAUGAUGAUACUCAUUACAAUAUCAAUGCUACUAGUGGUACACUGACUAUACAAGAAGUGAGGAGCACUGAUACUGGAAACUAUACUUGUGGUUCAGGAAGCAUUUCUCUAAUAUUUCAAAGUAAAAUAAAAUUAUACUCAAUUUAA